CGAGCUGAGUUGACUUGACUUGGUUAUGUAUUUUUCUGCCCAUCAUUUGGCCAAAAACACAACCUCCACCGGCGGAAUAUGAUUGAUUUAAUGGAUGCCAGGGCGGCCGUCGCAGCCUCCUCCUCCUCCUCCUCCCCAAAACGGUGGAAGCAUGACGUGUUCUUGAGCUUCAGAGGUGAAGACACGCGCAAGACCUUCACCGACAACCUCUACUGGACAUUAAAAGACAACAAGGUCAACGUCUUCAUCGACGAGAACGAACUACGACGAGGGGAAAAUAUAACAGACGAGCUAGUGGAAGCGAUCAAACGGUCCAGGAUCGCCGUCGUUGUCUUCUCGAAGCGGUACGCGGAUUCGAGAUGGUGUCUUGAGGAGCUGGAGAAGAUCGUGGAGUGUAGAGCAACAAUGGGUCAAAUUCUUUUGCCUAUUUUCUACGAUGUUGAUCCUUCCGAAGUUAGGCAUCAGACUGGUAGUUUUGCCACGGCAUUUGGGAAGCAUGAAGAGUGCUUCGAUGGCGAUAUGGUGCAGAGGUGGAGAUCGGCUUUCACUCUAGCUGCAAAUUUGGCUGGUGGGAAUCUUAGAAACACUGAUGGGUACGAAGGAAAGUUUAUAAGGAAAGUUGUCGACGACAUCACUCGAAGACUGAAGUCGCUGAACAACACAUAUCCAGAUGUACCCACGAACCAAAUUGGAAUAGAUUCUCGCGUGCAACUUAUCAGUAAUGAGUUAGAUGUCGGAGGAUCAAAUAAUGUUCACAUUAUUGGAAUUUUGGGUAUGGUUGGGACGGGCAAGACAACGGUUGCAAAAGCCAUUUUCCGCAGAUUUCAUCAAAUGUUUGAAGGUAGCUGUUUCCUUUCAAAAGUGAGGGAAGAGGAUAUGGUUAAAUUGCAAAUCAAGCUUCUUAGUGAUAUCUUGAAACUAGCUAAUGUAGAGGUAAGUAGUGUCGAUCAGGGGACUAAGGAGAUAAAAAGAAGACUUGGCCGCAUGAGGGUACUUGUCAUAAUUGAUGAAUUAGAUUGUGUGAAACAAUUACAUGAGUUGGCUAUAAAUCGUGACACGUUUGGUCCAGGGAGUAGAAUUAUUAUAAUAACAAGAGACAAACACUUGCUCAAGAUACUUGAAGUGGAUAAGACAUGUACCGCACAAAUAAUGAAUAAAGAAGAAGCUCUUGAGCUCUUUUGUUGCCAUGCCUUUACGGAGAGUUAUCCUGCUGAUGAAGAAUAUCUUGAACUGUCGAGCAAAGUUGUCAAUUACUGCGGAGGUUUGCCACUAGCACUUGAAGUAUUAGGUUCUUAUUUAUGUACAAAACUCAAAAGUGAAUGGAGAAGUGCAUUGCGUAAAUUGAAAAGACAUCCUCAUAUGCCAAUUUACGAAAAGCUUAAAAUAAGCUACGAUGGGCUAAUUGAUGAUGACGUUAAGGAUAUAUUCCUUGACAUAUCUUGUUUCUUUAUUGGAAUGAACAAGGAACAUGUCAUGGCAAUAUUGGAUGGCUGUGACUUUGAUCCAGAAAUAGGAAUCGGAGAACUCUGUGAUCGAGGCCUUGUAACUGUUGAUGAAGGAAACAACCUGGUAAUGCAUGAUUUGCUUCGAGAUAUGGGCAGACAAAUCGUACGUGCAAAAUCCCCUAACAUCCUUGGAAAACGUUGUAGAUUGUGGGAUCAAGAAGAUGUAAAAGACGUAUUGAGGAGCAAAUCUGGAACAGAGUUCGUUGAAGGACUCGUGUUAGAUUUGCAAGAACCCGACAAGGCUAGCUUCAGUACAGAAGCAUUUAAAGAGAUGCAGAGACUCAGGUUGCUCAAACUCAAAGGCGUAAAGUUCAAAGGAAACUGCGAACAUCUUUCCAAAAGGUUAAGAUGGUUGUGCUGGCCUGAGUUUCCUCAAGGGGUCAUACCAAAAGAUUUUACUAAAUACCUAGUUGAUGUCAACCUGAGCCAUAGCAAAAUACAAGUUUGGAAUGAUUCCAACAUGCGGCUUGAGAAGUUGAAGUUUCUUAAUCUUGGGUAUUGCCAUCACCUGAAAAGAUCACCAAACUUUUCAAAACUCCCAAAUCUCGAGAAACUGUUACUUAAUGACUGCCAGAGUUUUUCCGAGGUUCACCCUUCCAUAGUACAACUGAAGAACCUUAAGUAUUUGUCUCUUGCGAACUGCGAUCUAACAGAUGAUGCACUUCCUAAGGAUCUUGGGGGUCUAUCUUCUUUAGACGUUUUAGACUUAAGUGGCAAUUGUUUUUAUGGGCUACCUAACCUCAGCGGCCUUUCCAAGCUUCACACUUUACAAUUGAAUAAUUGUACAAACCUUCGGGUGAUCCCAGAUUUACCAAAAAAAUUGGAAAUCCUGGAGGCAGAUGAGUGCAUUGCAUUGGAAAAAAUGCCAGAUUUUUCAGAUCUGUCGAGUAUGAGGGAAUUGCAUCUGAAUCACUGCCCCAAACUCACUGAGAUUCCAGGCUUGGAUAAGUUGUCAAACAUCAUGACAAGGAUUCAUAUGGAAGGGUGCACCAAUCUCACUGCUGCUUGUAAGGAAAUAAUCCUGCAGCUCCCGUCUCUCUCUCUCCCUCCCUCUCCUUUAUUUGCACAUAAAUACAACAACAACAACAAGAACAACAAAGCCUUAUCCCACUAAGUGGAGUCGGCUGUAUGAAUCCUAGAACGCUAUUGCGCUCGGUUCUGUGCCACAUCUUUUGUUAGAUUCAAGUACUCCAAGUCUUUUCUUAGAGUCUCUUCCAAAGUUUUCCUAGGACUUCCUCUACUCCUUCGGCCCUGAACCUUUGUCUCGUAAUCGCAUCUUCUAACCGGAGCUUCUAUAGGCCUUCAUUUCACAUGUCCAAACCACCAUUACUAAUUUUCUGUCAUGGUUUAGAAAUGUAUGUACAAAUGUUGCUCCACGUGUAUUAGAAAUGUGUGAGCGGAAAUGGUUGCCUUUUUUAAUCAUGGAAAUGUUUUCCUUCAUGGUUUAGGGUGGUCGACCAUAAGGAUGAAAUAGUUGUGCCGCCAGGUUUUGGUUGUGAUUUUAAGCCGCUGACUGUGUGCAUCAUUUACUCUUCUGAUAAGAUAACUCCCAAUCUGAUGAUUAUCUUCACAUUUCAUGCUGUGAAUUGUACCCAGCAGAGGGAAUUUAUCAUCUGUGCAAUGCAAGUGACCAUGGUUGCUUCCCAUAAGACAAACUUUGGCUGGGACAUCUAUCAAACGACAAGCUUAAUGUGAAAGGUGGCUUCAAGAUAAUUGUCGGUGUGCACUUGGAAAGAGCAGGGAGCGCUCAUGAUAUUCAUCAGCGUGAAGAAAUAGGGUUAGUCUGGAAGGGGAAAAACUAGUUAAUGGGUAUUUGUUUGGCUGUGAAUCCAUCUCCUUGCCGUAUUCAAGUGAAUAAAAUGAAGACAGGGCAGCAAGACUAAGGUCUGAUCCAAGUAUAGAAAGCAAUGUAGAAGAAGAAACAGAAGCAGGGGAAGAUUGCUUAAACGGACUUCAAAGAAAGGUUCAUGUUUCGCUGGUCUCAGGAUGUAAUUGCAUUAACCUCGAAAUUGCAAAAAGCUGCAUGGAAACUGAUGUAAUCAUUUGAGGAGGGGUGAGGAUGAAGAGGAGGCUUCGAAUGCUAAGCUGGCAUCCAUUAAUUGUUCCUCAUUGGUGCUGAUGAGAACUGCUAGAUGGCACCCGCUGGUCUUCUGGCUUGAAUGUUGUUCUGUGUAUGGUUAUUUUUUCUGGUAGAGGUUGUGUUGCACUUGACAGAUGAACACGGAAGUACCAGAGUAAAGUCGAACUCUGUGUCGUUUCAAAUGACAACACAUUUGGAAUGGAACUGAAGGAGGAGUACUGUGGAGCAAUCUCAGGUUGAGGAGGAACACAACAACAGUCCUUUCUCCCUCAACUGCAAGGAAAGUGGCAGACAUUAUGGACAGAGAGAGUAGAGUGUGGUGGAAAGAUUUUCUUAUGCCCCUUUGUUUCUCAAGAGGUGAUAAAAUCCUGCUUCUUCCCAUAGGUUCUGCUACUGGUGGUGAUCGUUUAAUUUGGCCUUGGAAGGUGAAUGGUAUCCAUUCCGUAAGAUCAGGCUAUCACUGGCUUCAAAGACAAAAGAUCAGAAAUGCUUCAGUUCCCUGCCCACCUCCAUUCCCACAUUGUUGAUAGCACCAUUUGGAAGAUGAAAGCCACCCCCCAUAUUCUGAACUUCAUGUGGCCUGCCUUUUUAGCGCUUUUCCUACAAGAAAGAAUCUGUUUAGAAGACAUAUCACCAUGAAUUUCCUAUGUCCAAUUUACAUGGAAUUUAUGCCCACGGGUUAAAGGCAUUUGGUUUGGCACUGCUCUAAAUUACAGGAGACUUAAUGAAGAUGUUUCAUCUCUUGACCAUUGGUUUUCAUACGAAAUUUCUAGGCGGACAAGGGGAGAAAAUCUCGACACCUUUCUUUCUCUUGCAGGUAUCACCUGUUGGGAUAUCUGGAAGGCUAAACUAUUAAGAGUCCAGGAGCUUCUCAUUUUGACCUUGCCAAUGUGGUAUGGUGCCCUCCAAUUCAUAAUUUUGUUAAGGUGAUCACUGAAGGGGCCUGGUGUACUUCUUCAUUGGAGGCAGGGCUGGGGAUUGUUAUUCAUAACAGGUUAGACACAUUCAGAGGUGCUUUGGCUGUUCUAUAAGUGUUCCUCUGCUCUUAUGGCUGAAAGAGCCGCGGUUAUCAAAGGAUUGGAUCUAGCUGCAAGCUUAGGCUUCACAAAAGUGAUGGUGGAGAGUGCUUCGAUUAAGUGCUUGAAGGGUGACAUAGAAAAGGGUGCUUGGGAAAUCUAUCCACUCUUGUUGGAAAUAAGAUCGAAGAAGAUCAAUUUUGAAGACCUACAUUGGAAGUGGUCUACUCACGAGGCAAAUGGUGCCGCUCACCAUGUUGCCUUGCUUGCUUUGAGGAUUGUGGAACGUCAAAGUUGGGUCGAUAGACCACCAAUUUCCCUGGUUUUUGCUCAAGGACGACCUUCCCUAUCCUCCAAACUAAUUUUGGGUAUUUUGGCUGCUCUCUUGGACAACCCUCUUUUGGUGGCCUUUGGCAAGCUGUCUUGUUUCUGUCUGGGUUAUGAUCUAGCUGAAGCAUAUGCGCCGAGAGACCUCCACUGGAAGAAGCUGAAGAUGGAAAAACAAGAAAGAGCCAAGCUUGGCACGGCUGAAUCCAAAGUGGUAAAAUCUAGGUUGUUUCUUUCUGGUGUUAAGAAAAAUCCAUCCAAGCAAUUUCCAAACCACUUGUUCUGCAGAAAAUUCGAAACUUUACACUUAGAUGGUCCUUCAACGGCUUUUAGGAAUAUAACAAUUUCAAACUUUACUGUAACAUUUUUUUCCUGCUAAAAUACAGUAAAGGAGUAAAUAGGAAAAAACAAUAACCUGGUAGCAUACCAAA